CUUAUAACAAAAAGGGACAUGCAAAAGUUUAACAGUUAUGAGCAUUUAUUAGACAAAAAAAUAAAAAAGAUGAAUUUAUCCCAUUAUGGUGAACAGCCUUAUUUUAAUAGCAAUAAUUCACUUUUCCCGUCAUUUACUGAUAAUGACACCCCUUCAACAACGAGAGAAAGAAUAGACUUUAAACGAAAAAAGAACUGGCCAGAACGGAUUUUAGUGGAAAUGACUGGUUUAUUACAUGUUCUUUCACCAACUGGCAAAAUAUUAUAUUGUUCGGAAUCAACUUUUGCAUUAACAGGUUUUCGACCUCAUGAAUUAGUAGGACAUUCACUAAUGGACUUUCUCCAUGUCGAUGACAUGGAUGUCUUCAUUCGUGAUUUCCAAAUAUCAUUCCAUACUCAAUCACAAAUAAAAACUUAUUAUCGUUUUCGUAAAAAGGAUGAUAGUUAUAUUAUUUUUGAAACAGUAGGUCAGCCUAAAUCAACAGAUAGUUCAGCUCAAGCAUUCUUUGGAACUGCUCAACCUGUUCCUUCAAAAAGCGGAAUCAUGAUAGAUUCAUUUCUGGAGUUAAAAGCGGAAAAUAACUGGUUAAGGAAACGAAUCAGAGAACUGUCCGCCAAGGGGGGAGAAGUGACAGGUAUUCCUGAGCAACAUAAUGUAGAGCUUAGCAACCAAAAAUAUAUGAAUGAUACCAUCGUUACUCCUUCCUCAAGUGAUAAUAAGGGUUUUGUAGUUGGGGAAGACAAUCAACAUUUAAGCGAAUUAAAUCGAUUCAUAAUAAGUCGUCAUUCUGAAGAGCACAGUUCAAUACCUUCUGAAGAGAAAGAAAUAAGUGAAGAUGUGGAAAACGUAUCGUUAUCUCAUAUGGAUACGUCUGAAGUAAAAAAAAGAUGGAAACGACGUAAAAAAUACAAAGAAAAAGAAGAAUAUGUUUGCACUGAUUGUGGCACAACAACUUCUCCGGAGUGGCGCAAAGGCCCGCAUGGACCAAAAACGUAAGUUUAUGCAAACAUAAACAAAAAUUAUCUUUUAUAACUUUAUUUAAUUUAUUUAGUUUAUGUAAUGCAUGUGGGCUUCGCUGGGCCAAAAAGAACAAGGUCAAGAAAAAUGAUUUGAAUGAUGACUAAAAAAAAAAAAAAAAAAAGGAAAAAAAA